GGAAGUUGUCGGCUCAUCCUCCUCACUCGGCGGCUGCUGUCCCCGAGGCGGGAGGAGCCCGAGGGUGCGCGGGCCCCGCAUGAAUCAUUGUAGUCGAUCAUUUUCCAGUUCUCAGCCUCUCAGUUGUGAUACUCGAGGGACACGGUGUUGUGGUUUCGGAAAACUGCCAGCUCAGAAUAGAAAAAUACUUGGGAUUUUGUGUUGGAAGACAUGGAUCUUGCUGCCAAUGAGCUCAGCAUUUAUGACAAACUUUCAGAGACUGUGGAUUUGGUGAGACAGACAGGCCAUCAAUGUGGCAUGUCAGAGAAGGCAAUUGAAAAAUUUAUCAGACAGCUGCUGGAAAAGAGUGAACCUCAGCGGGGGCCACCCCAGUAUCCUCUCCUCAUAGCUGCGUAUAAGGUCCUCGUAACCCUGGGAUUAAUCUUGCUCACUGCCUACUUUGUGAUUCAACCUUUCAGCCCAUUACCACCUGAACCGGUACUUUCUGGAGCUCACACCUGGCGCUCACUCAUCCAUCACAUCCGGCUGAUGUCCUUGCCCAUUACCAAGAAGUAUAUGCCAGAAAAUAAGGGAGUUCCUCUGCAUGGGGCUGAUGAAGACAGAUCCUUUCCAGACUUUGACCUCUGGGGAACAAACGACUGUGAGCAGAACGAGUCGGACCCCAUCCCUGCCAACUGCACUGGCUGUGCCCAGAAAUUACCCCUCAAGGUCAUGCUCCUGGAAGAUACCCCGAAGAAGUUUGAGAGACUCCAUCCUCUGGUGAUUAAGACGGAACAACCCCUGUUGUCUGAGGAGCUUCAGCAUUUUCUGUGCCAGUAUCCUGAGGCGACAGAAGGCUUCACCGAAGGCUUUUUCGCCAAGUGGUGGCGCUGCUUUCCUGAGCGAUGGUUCCCAUUUCCUUACCCGUGGAGAAGACCUCUGAACAGAUCCCACAUUUUACGUGAGCUUUUUCCUGUUUUCUCCUCCCUGCCAUUUCCAAAAGAUGCCUCCUUGAAAAAGUGCUUUCUUCUUCAACCAGAACCUAGCAUGGGGAGUAAGAUGCAUAGGAUGCAUGACCUGUUUACCAUCGGCAGUGGCGAGGCCAUGCUGCAGCUCAUCCCUCCCUUCCAAUGCCGAAGACACUGCCAGUCUGUGGCGAUGCCACUAGAGCCAGGGGAUAUUGGCUAUGCCGGUGCCACCCACUGGAAGGUCUACAUUGUGGCCAGAGGGGCCCAGCCUUUGGUCAUCUGCGAUGGAACCACUCUGUCAGAACUAUAGGAAACAGAACUAUAUAGAGGAACAGCUUUGAGAGCUGAAGACUACUUGAAAGGGGGGAAAUAAAAACAAAAACGAUGAAACCACUUUCCAGGGGUUGGUUACUUAGUCACCUGCCCUGUGCAUGUGUGUGAGCCAGAGGCAGUGGCCAGAGCCCAGCCCUCCCGACUCUUCGAGCCCAACUGCGUGGCCAGGGCUUGGCCAAUACCCAUCUGUCAGACACCAAGCUCUUCCAGGCCUUUUGGCGCCUCAGCCUUGAGGCUGCCCUUCAGGCAGGGAGCAAGGUUGGUGCCUGCCCUCACUUGCAUGACAUGAUCCCCUCUGCUGGCCCCUUUGCCACGGAGAGGGCAGUCAUCAGGUCCUGACUUCAGAGCCAUCCUUUACGAGGUCAGCCUGCUUGUCCUGUCUUCCUGGCCACACUAUGCUAUAAUUUUUGGAAAGUAAUGGCUGAUUAAAGAAGUCUUUGCAGUUUCCCAAGCAGGACAGAAUCUAGAACCCGUAAAAAGAGAUCAAAUAACCUCAAAUUGCACUCAAGAAGUGCACUUCUUUCCCAGAGUCCAGGCUUUUGGAGUCUCAGCGAUGCCAGACUGGAGUCUGAUUAGAACUGAAAUCGUGAUUCCAGAGGUCACUCUGCUCCAUUUGAUCAGAUUCUUAUGCCUCCCUGACUCCCUUUCCCUUCUUCCUGGCCUGUCUGGAUGGUUUCUCAGAAGUCGGGCUCCUGCCCGCUCCCUUGGCUGGGCCAGAGCCCUUUCCUGCUGAGGCAGCACUGCUCCUGUCAACUGUGUUGCUUUUCCCAAGUGUCCUCAGAGGGGAUGAGUUAGAGUGCUGGCUGGGCAGAGGGUGCCUCCCUGGGUUUGAUCUUUAGGCUCCGACUUUGUGCAGGAAAGAUGUUUUACAGAUGUGUCAAGCUGAUGUUGUAAUGUGGUUGUGGAAGGAGUUCCAGCCCUGAAGUGUUUGCCAGCUGGGUGUGCGGCUAUGUGAUCCUCUGUCUUAGAAUGAGUUCUCUCUUUGUACCGGAAAACAAGGUGAGGUAUUUUUAUUGUUUGUAAUAAUAUAAAACUAUGUUGUUUUGAUUGGAUGAUUCAGUAUGUUCAUUGUUUUCCCCAAGUGCUUCUAGUAUGUAUUAAUCAAAAGGUGUAAAUAUGGACACUCUUUUCUUGUUCCCUUUUUUUUCUUUAUUACUCUUUUAUCGACAUUGUUAAAUAUCUGGCCCCUGGUCAUGCCAUCGCCAAGAUGAAGAAAAAACAAAUGCCGCUGUGGUUCUGAACUGUGGAAAUCAAAUGGAUACAGGAAGUGUCUGUGUCAGAGUUACGGCCCAGAGGCAGACGGUGGUGAGGGAGGGGUGCGACUCCUCGGGGGUCCUCUUCAUCCCUGAGGCGCCCCUGCACCUUGUCCCAGGCCCCUUCUCUCCACAUCGCGUGAGCAGCAGUGGGGUCCUCGGGCGCUUGAACUGCCUGUUUGUGGGCUCGUGAAAGCCGGGGCGGGUUCACAGAGCUCUGGGUAGAAACAGCCUCCUCCGCCAGCUCGAGUGAAGCUGAGAUGAACUGUACCUGAGGGAAUUUCUCCUUGAAAGAAUCAGCGCCUUGUGUGGAUGAAUACAGAAAAAACAAAACUUUUUGUACAUAUAAAAGUCAGGCUUGCUAAGCAGUUAGGAUUUAAGAGCUUUUAAAUCAGAGGGAUCAUUUCAAGGCCAGCUUUGUGCAAGCUUUUAGAGCCCUUGCAGUGUCCUUAUGGGCGCUGCACACAUGGAAGGAUUCUGUGUAAACAAGUUCUUGAGAGGCUUCUCGAAGUUUUCUCCAGUGAGGCCCUUUGGGUGAAGAAGAGAGAGAGUUCCUUAGAAGCAAAGUGACUGUUUUGCUGAUUGAGAUUUCUGUUUUGUUUUUGUGAAUUACUUUGUGUUCUUUACCCAUUUCGCUCCUGCCCUUCACACCUUAAAUGUUCAUAAAUACCCAUUUCACCUCACAGCCUUGCCGACUAAGAACCCCUUGCACGCAGUGGUGUUCUGAGGCAUCCCCUAGGACGUCCUUUACGCCCCCGAGCUGUCUGCAGUUCAACAAAGAAUGGUACGGCAGCAGACAAGCAGAGCCUGCUGUGCCAUGCUGCUUAUUUUAUUUACAGUCUCUCCAGUUGACAACUGAGUGCAGAUCUAUGCCGAGGGGGAAAUUCUCCACAGGGCUUUGUGCUCUUAGUUGUUGGUUACUUAGAAGUAAUUUGCCUUCUUCUCAAGGUAAUUCUGAUGAGCAGAGUCUACCACUGCCCAGCCCCACAGGAAUGGCUUGGGGCUGCCAGCCAGUCCCCUUCUAGGCACCCAAGGCUUUGUGUGCGGGUGCUGCUCCCUUACCUCUCGGCUCCUCCGUGGAAGCAGCAGAAGUCCCUCCGUAUGACCCAGUGAGGAAAAGAGAGUCAUCAAGAUGAGGGAGCAGGGCUGGGGCGCAUGCUGGGACCACCUAACCAACUCCCGACCUCCACCACCGCAAUAAGAACAAAACCACAGGGCUCUAAGAAGGGAAUUUGCUCGUAAAUUUGCUAAGAGGUGACAUGGCAGUGACUUCCACACGUGGGUUAGGUUCACUUUCUUGCAGGUUCCCAGAGCAGAGAUGCCUUUCUCCAGAAAUCGUCUCUCAGGGGAGAAAGGAUGCUUUGCACCAGUUUGAAGCGUUUAUGUCCAGAUGUCCUGAGGUCUCCAGGAGUCAAGUGUUGAACAGACACCACCCCUGUUCUGGCUUGUAAAAAGAGGCAGAGCCUAUCCUCUCCCACUCUCAAUCUUUUUAGGGAGGGGAGGGAAUAAAGUAACAGUGGCUUAUGAAAACAAAAUCUACCCAUUUGAUGAAAUACAAAACAAUUUAUGAAAUGGGCAGAUUUGGGCUCGUUUUCUGAGAGAAAGGAAGAAUGACAUUUGUCCAGUCCAUCCCAACUUAGAGUGCCUCAAUAUACAUGAUCUCCUUUAAUCCUUCCUCAGUCCUGUAAAGGAGGUAUUGGAUCCUUACUUUAAAGUAAGGACACUAGGGCUCGCCACAGUUGACUGUGGCUGGGUUGCUAGUGGGUCCCACAGCGUGUGCUUUCCUGCUGCUGCACAGGCUGAGGCCUGAGAGUGAAAAUGUGGAGUUAAGUGACUCGAGUCACCUCCAUGGCGGAGCAGAACCGAGGGACAGAAUGCUUCAGGUUUGCUUUCAAAACUGUCUUGGACAGAAGUGAAGGAGGGAUCUAACCAGAUGAUUUUUAUAAAAAUCCUUUCACUUUUUCCCUCUGCAUUUGAAAACUGUUUAAGAGUGAGUGUGGCUGGAAUACAGCUGUGUCCAGCCAUUUUCCUGUCACCACAUGUUUCCAGCUGUGUGACCAAAAGAGGUACUUUGCCCAAUUCCAGUUGUGGGUCCCCUUGGAGUUUACAUCACUUGUUUUUCAGUUCUCAGUUUUCUGUUCCCUUCUUCCAAAAUUCAGCCUAGACCUCUGAGUAGGAACAGUUAUUUUAAAAUAAAAUCUCAAGUUUCUUAGCUGGAAGCGAUGGCCUCAAUCAUUUUCAUGUAGUCUAGAAUGAGAGUUUGGUUAUUAACCAGUGGCUUCCAUGGUGAACAUUCAGAACCUCAAAGCAGAUGUUCGCUUCUUAUCUUCUCCUUGCCCAGCAGGAGAAGGCCAAGUUGUAGGGAAAGACAGCGAAAGCGCAUGUCUCGUUGCUUGGAGAGAGGCGAUCUUGGCUACCUUUUACAGGGUUUUUUAGGCUUUUGAGCUCUCCUAGCGAUGGAAGAGAAACUCUCCUGUGUUCACAAGGCCUAUACUCAUUGACUUUCAGUGGUGACCCAGCACCCUCAAUUGAAAUCGGUUGAAGGAAGGGAGUUCCAGAGAUGUGCUUAAAAUAGUACUUUAGGUUGAUAUUCUCUGUGUAUUUGGACCUGCACACAUUGUAUACAGAGCCGAUGCACGUCAGGGCCAGGAGGCUAGAAGGUGCAGGUGCUUGUAGCAAGAUAAAGCUAACUUCUCACAGGGAGGUAGCCCUGUAGCCGAUGAAAAGCGGGAGGCUCUGGGAAUGUGCUGCAUCACCAUCAGCGUGCAUACCCCUGGCCUCCUCACCCCCAGCCUCCCGAUAUCCAGCAGCUUCUUCCACAGAAGCAUCUCAGAGGAGAUGGACAGGUGUUCUCCCUCUCAUGCGCCACAUCUGAGUCCACCCCCCUGGACAAAGUAUGACUUUAAGUGCUGGCCUUGGUGAGAAACUCUCCAGCCAGUUUGUCUGUUGUCCAGGUCCCUUAGUGUCUGGUUUCCCGGCCCUGCAUAAUUUAAGCAUUAGAGCUAAAUACAUCAGUCAUUUUUUCUCCCUAGAGACCAUGACAUGUCUAGAGCUUUUCAGAAUAGUGGAGAGAAGAAACGUUAUGUAACUCCAGGUGGAGGCCUGGAACUGUCCAGACGUGGUAGGGCUGGCCCAGAGACCAUUCCUCCUGCGCUUAGUGUGUCUGUCAGUCAGCUGGCGUCCAUCCAAGAGUGAGCCACAGCUGCAAACACCCGAGCAGAGGAGGGAAGCCAGUGUAGUUUUGAGCUUCAAACAGAAACUAGGGAGUCGGGACAUCUGCUUUGUGCCAGGCUCAGUUUACCUCGUGACUCCUCACGACAGCUCUGUGGGGUAGGGGAAGUCAUCUUGUGAAGCCACCUUCACUCACAGAUCAGCAGCGUCCCAGCCUUCGGACUUCAGGCCCUCAGAGCACUUUCAGCCCUUUCAGGAACAAACUGUCACUUAUCUAUGAGAAUUGGUGACAGGAGCAGACAGACACGUGGCAUGCCCGGAGAAUUUCCAGUCUCAUCAUGGGCAACCUGCUCUCCAAGCUCCUUUCCAUAGUUUCACCCUCAGAAAAAUGCCAGCUGUGGUCUCUUGCCCCUCCCUCCCUCCUGUGGAAAGGUCAUUAAUGCCUGGGUUGGGGGAGAAGAUGGAGAGGCAGAGGUAAGCCAGGAACUCAGUGCUGGGCCUCUUCCCUGCUCCCGGGACAGCUGCAGGUCGUCUUCAGGGAACCAGGUGUGACGGGCCUGUGGCAACACCUGUCCCAACCACGCAUGCUCCGAAUGGGCUAAGCUGUUAAAAUGUGUUCCGUGUCGAGUGUUGACGGUCACUUCAUGUGCUGCAAACUUGUAAAAACUUCCACCAUGUGAAGAAUGUAUGUAAAUUAAAGUUUUAUGUAAUGAAAGUUUUUACUUUUUGCAAUUAAAAGUGUGUAUGUUGGUUGAUAAGAA